CCUACAUGCUCGUGGUCGUCGUGCGUCUUGUGCCCGUGCUGUUCAAGCUUGUAUUGCUGCACGUCACGCCCGCGAGCCCCUCGCCCUCGUUGUGCAUGUCGUGGCCCACUUGUCUGCCCGCUCGCAUGUCUCCGUAUGCGUUCGUCGGCCGCGUCUGCGUGCACAGGGUGUUCGCCCACCGCGCUCACGGGCGGCGGUGGACGUGUGCGCUGUUGCCUGCCGCCUGCCCGCUCUCCCGCCCGCUCGCUCUCCCGCCCAUCCACUUGCUUGCACAUCCGAUUGCCCGUCCACGCGUGCCCACUUGCCCACCAGCUCGCCCGCCUGCCCACUGGCUCCGCGUGCGUUCGUCGGCCGUGUCUGCGUGCUGGGCAUUCGCCCGGUGCGCUCGCGGUCGGCGUGCGCAUCGCGCUUCAUGGCGCCACGGCGACUGCGCC